CACAGAGCGAAAAAUCAACUCAGCCUCAAACCUGACCUAUCAAGACUGGAAUCACAGAGAUUGCCCAACUUGCUCACUAACCGAGUCUCCCGUCGCCUGUCGCCAACUGGUUGGCGUCAUAUUCUGCUCAGACAAGUACUCCGUACAAGAGCCAAGUCCCUAUUUACUGCGUACUAAUUAUCCCUCUCUUCUUUACUACCAUAUUACCUCAUAAAAAGGAGAGAGUGUGAGAACAAUGCCACCCCAACCCUCACUUCCAAUCCAACUGGAGCAUAUCUUCAUCUUCCUCUGAUGUGUACAUACCUACCAAGUACAUACCUUCUAGAAUCCAGGCAUCCAACAUUUCCUUCUCCCGAUCCGCCUGUUCCUCCUGUACUUUUGCUCCUCGUCAUUAGGCUGCACAAUUCCCUUCCCACCGACUCGGCAAAUGGGCAUGAUUCGAGUAUAGAUUCUGGCCACAGCUUGUUUAAGCCUCAGUUUGCAACCCCGCUAGUCCCCAUUCGCACAGUCCAAUCCGCAGGCAGAAACCAAAAAGGCCAAUCGUAUUCGUAGCCUCAACCAAUCAUGCGAUCUUUGCAAUGCGUCCAUCAGUUGAUGGCUGAGGCAUCAAUGCCUUGCUCGCGGUCGUCGCGAAGCAUAUAUGUUUCGUGAUUCCGGCCUUGAAAAUGCUCUCCAGCUAUGCUAAUCCUAGAGUACUCAUACAGUGCCGCUACAGCGAAUAGCUUCGCAACCUUUGCGCUUGCCACCUUGACAACCUCCGCUUUGUCCUCAAGUCAACGCGCCGUACAAAUUCUCUGUGUCUUGCUAGCUACUGACAAGAUCAUACCAUGGGAAAACUCAGGACUCCGACGUCUCCCCCUAAUGGCGGCGCAUCGAGCACAUUCCCACGCAUGGAUCCUCCACCUCCCUACGAAGAGUCCUCUCGUUCCUCCUCAGCGCAUAGCAACGACCGACUACAGCGGGACGAACCUCCUCAGUCGCAAACUCAAGCUCAACAAGAGGCGCCACAACCGCAGCCAGACCAGCAACAGGCUGUGUCCGCGGCAAAUGAGCCCAGUCAAAAAAGAGAGGUCGAGGAAGGCUGUUGCACAUUUGGAAAUGGUGCCUCUGGAUGUAUGGUUGUUGGAGACCAUGCUGAAGGAUGUUUAAAUUACGGCGAUGACACCAGUGGAUGGUACGAAGCCCGGUGACUUCGAUUCGUUCGGCUUCCGUGGACGUGCCGCAAGCCAUUGGCGCGAAAUGUUUGCGUGAUUCGAUGCACAAAACGCUGACAUCUUCCUCACAGUCUAAACUACAAGUCAAGAGAUGGAUGUUUGUUAUGGAAGGCAACUGGCGGGGGGUGCCUCAAUUUCAACACGAACAAACAAGGAUGUUGCCAAUUCGGCUGAUACUAUAGGCUGUCGGCAAGACGAGAUUUGAUGAGAUUCAGGCGGCUAUGUCAGAUUUGUUGGUGCUUGCGGGAUAUCCAUGACAUUGGAAUAGCUUGGUGUUGCGGAGUUUCUGUCAGGUCCGAAUGUGAUACCACUUUGUUGGGUUCCAAUGCGAAUAUUAGUUCUUCGCAAAUUGGGGGUCAUCCAUUCAGUCAAAUUUUACAUUUGGUAUUACGAAAUUUGACGACGGUUUGUUCUUCCGUUCUCCCGUGCUCAGGCAAGCUGAACACACAAGGAGGGUUAGAGAACCAAGGAAACCAGACCAACAAGGCCAACCUCUCGAUAUAGAGGGCAAUGAAGCAACGAACUUGAAUCAUGUAUGGGAAGAUGGCUCAUGCCUUAUCUACAAACCAUCAUUAGGUACUAGAUGGGUUAGGAGCACAGGGGCCAACAACCUAAUAGAACCCUGAUCAAUCGGCUCAAGGCCUGCAAACUUACAGUCCUACAUCUGGCCGGGUUUCAAUUGGUACUCGUGUUGCCAGUGAGACAUUCCAAACAACCAACUCCUUUUUGCGUAUCAUUUCUCCUUAUACG